AUGAUCGGAAAAGCCAUGAUAUCCUUUCUAUCCCUUGCUAAAGCUGUGUCUGCACUAUGGAACAAUAGUACUGCUUCACCCAACGCAUGGAACUAUCCGGCACUCGAUGUAGUCGUUUCCGCUGAUCCUACCAUCACUGCAAUGUACAAUAUCAGUAGCAUAUCCACCAAAGUGAGCCCAUCUCCUCAAACUGCCUUAUACUCGUCUCCUGGCGUUGUCACAAACGGCCCUAAUGGAACACGAAUGAUGGCUGCUCUCACUUUCGAUGAUGGCCCAUCUCUCGGAAACAGCGAAAUUUUAUACAAUUGGCUUGAUGCUCAUCCUGACGUCAAGGUGACUCUCUUCAUUGUUGGAUCUCGAGUCUUUGAAGCUCCUGCCUUGUUGCAAAGAGCACACAAUGCUGGAAUGGAAAUCUGUGCUCAUACUUGGUCGUACGACGUCAUUGGAAUGAGGCCAAUAUGUGCGCGACCACCGUUUGGAGACAUGGAUGCACGUUCAGAACAAGUGCUCAAGGCUGCUGGCUAUAGCAAGUUAUACAUAUGGAGUCAGGACUCCACCGAUUCAGAUGCUGGGGCUUCUAGUGCCACUACUUUGUCUACUAUGCAAGAAUUCUUAGACCAACAAGUCGCUGGCACCUUGAACGGCGAACAAGGUGGAAUCUUCCUACAACAUGAUCUCCUACCAGUUGAAUCUUCAGGCGACACUCCCGUCCUCGAUUAUGCCCUCUCUAAAGGCCUCAAAAUCGUACCAGCUUCUGUGUUGGCGGGCACCGGAAUCCAAUAUAAAGUGAAUGGAACCAUCAUCAACAUGACUCCUUCUGCUGUGGCUGUAAAUGAGACCACCGUGAUGCCAUCAGCAGCAGUAGCAGCUCAAGCACCGUUGGCAUCACCAUCAUCUAAAUUUACCCCAUCUCAACCUUUCGGGGCUACUGGUUCGCUGACUGGUGUUGCAAGCUCUGGAUUCCGUAUCAAGGAAUUGGGUGUGUCCUUUAUGGUAUUGCUGUUCGCUGUCUUGCUUCUGUAG